AUGAGCAAGAUCUUUGUGGUUGUUGUGUGUUUAUUUGUGGUAGGGUUUGGAUUUGGGAAUGGUUAUGGUGAGAAAGAAGAGAUUGGGAUAUUUGAGUUGAAGAAAGGUGAAGUUUCUUUGAAAGUUACUAAUUGGGGUGCUUCCAUUGUGUCUCUUGUUCUUCCUGAUAACAAAGGAAAAUUUGAUGAUGUUAUUCUUGGAUAUGAUUCAAUUAAGGAAUACACUAAUGAUUCAACAUACUUUGGAGCUACUGUUGGACGAGUUGCUAACAGAAUUGGAGGAGCUCAGUUCAAUUUAAAUGGAAAGCAUUACAAAUUAGUUGCUAAUGAAGGAAACAAUACACUUCAUGGUGGAUCAAAAGGAUUCAGCGAUGUUAUUUGGAAAGUUAAAAGGUAUCAAAGAGAAGGUCCUAAUCCAAGUGUUACUUUCACUUACCAUAGUUUUGAUGGUGAACAAGGAUUUCCUGGUGACCUCAUUGCAACUGUGAGCUACAUUCUAUCUGGAAAAAAUCAAUUGGUCAUAAUUAUGAAAGCAAAAGCUCUAAACAAACCUACACCUGUGAAUUUAGCAAACCAUGCUUAUUGGAACAUUGGAGGCCAAAACAGUGGCAACAUUCUCAAUGAAGUAAUACAAAUAUUUGGUUCAAAAAUCACACUUGUUGAUACCAAACUAAUUCCUACAGGAAAAUUUGCUUAUGUGAAAGGAACAGCUUAUGAUUUUCUCAAACCACAGAUUAUUGGAAGCAGAAUAAACCAACUAGCUGAAACUAAGGGUUAUGACAUUAACUAUGUGUUGGAUGGUGAAAAAGGAAAAAAGAUUAAACUAGCAGCAAAAGUGCAUGAUAAGAAAUCUGGUAGGGUUUUGACACUUUACACAAAUGCCCCUGGUUUGCAGUUUUAUACUGGUAACUAUAUUAAGGAUGUGAAGGGUAAAAAUGGAUAUGUGUAUAAAGCUCAUGCUGGACUUUGUUUGGAGAGUCAAGCUUUUCCAGAUUCUGUUAAUCAUCCUGAUUUUCCUUCAACAAUUGUGACCAAAGAAAAGACUUAUAAGCAUUAUAUGCUUUUUAAGUUUUCAACCAAAUCUCAUUAG